AUAAAAACAGUAAACCUGUAAACAUUUGAGGUAAACAACAUGGGAGACGAAGAGCGGCAACAGCUCCGAGGAAACCCGGACUGGAUGUCCUGUUUACCGGAGGAGCUGCUUGAUGUCCCGCUGUGGAACCUGGCCAUACCGGGGAGCCAUGACAGCAUGUCUUUCUGUCUGGAUGUCUCCUCUCCUGUCCUGAGAUCAGAGCCCUGUCUCCUCAGAGGGAUGGACCGGCUGUUUCCCUGCUGCACUCGACCCUGUGUCUCCCGCUGGGCCACCACACAGCAGUCUGUCCUCAGUGAUCAGUGUGAUCUUGGGAUUCGUUUCUUGGACCUGCGGAUCGCCAAGAAGCCAUCAGGAGGCAGCAGAUUGUUCUUUGCCCACGGCAUCUACACACUGGUGACUGUGAAGGAGGCUCUGGAUGAACUGGCUACCUGGUUGGACGCUCAUCCACAAGAGAUUUUAAUAAUUUCUUGCUCCCACUUUGAAUCACUGACUGAUGAAGAUCACGUCCACCUUGUGAAGUUCAUCAUCUGGUUGUUUGGGAAGAAACUCUGCUCCUCACAGGACACUCCAACUCUGCGUUCCUGUUGGUCCAGAGGUCAGCAGGUUGUUGUUUCCUAUGACAACCAGCAAAUGGUGCUGCAGCACCCUGAGCUGUGGACUGGAAUACCUUACUGGUACGCCGACAGCCCAGAUCCUAAGAAGGUGAUCGUGUACCUGGAGGACCAGAAGUGCAGAGGGAGACCAGCUGGUUUUUACGCCAUUGGACUGAACCUGACAGAAGACGCUCCUUACGUCCUCCUCCAUCCCCUGCAGAACAUGAAGAAGAUGACGAUGAGGGCUCUCUCGGUGCUGCUCCGCUGGGCGAGCGAGCAGAGGCCCGGGAGCGAGGCGGGUCGAGUCAACAUCCUCUGCUGCGACUUUGUGGGCGUCAGUCAGUUCUGCUCGCUUGUGAUCGGCCUAAACUACAAACUGCUGCGUGGAGCCAGCACGUCCGCUCCCCGUUCUGUCCGCAGGACGCCGGCAGCGUCUGCCUCGGAAGUCACCGGCUGUUGCCAUAGCAACCGGACUGGAGAUCCCACGCCGUGAAACAAUUCAAAGCAUCAGUAAUUAUUUUACCUGUGAAAUAUGAUGUGAUGAUAAUGUGAUCUGCUUAUUGUCUUUGGACCUUCAUACUAAUAAAGUUUCACUGUCGUCUCUUGUACAUUACACACAGUAUUGUACUAUUUGUAUUAUUAAAAUUUUUCACAUUUUUGUUUUGUUAAUCUGCUUUUCAUAAUUAUGUAAAUACAUAAAUAAAUACUU